AUUGGGUUUUGUUUUCUUUAGCUCCAAACAGGUUUUUUGAUGCUAUUUAUCUUCCCCAAAAUCGGUUCUUUUUGGGGUUUUCUUCUAAAUUUCUUCUUAUCCCUGGGUUUUCUUCAAGACCCAGUUGGAUUAUAUCCAAGAUUUGCUUCUUAUCAUCUUCUUCUUGAGUUUUGUGUGUGUAUAUAUAUAGAUACAUAUCUGGUAUAUGUGUAUAUUUGUUUUGAGGUAGUCCUGAAGUUUGAACGUCAAAGCUUCUUGUGAUUUCAUGAUCUCUUCACCGUGUUUCUCGAGCUUCUCCUUCAAAUUUCUUGACCCAUCGACUUUGAAAGUACUUUUAUUUUCUAUAUAUUCAAAAUAUAUAUACAAAUCUGGUCUAUGGGUUGAUUCUAAUUUUUUUUUUUUUUUUUUUUUUUGUGGUCAUCUUCUACUGUUCACCUAAGGCGACCAAAGCUUUGAUUUUGGGCGUCUUUGUUUUCUUUCUACUCUAUAAAUUCUUUUUAUCCCAUGCAAAUCUCUUGCUCUGGGUUUGAUUUUGAUCUUCUGUUUCACAAGUGUGAGGUUCUUGGUUGAUGAAUGAAGAAGAUAAGGGUCAUAUCUGAAGUGGGUUUGUUUGAUCUUACUGGUUGGUGUUGAUGGUGGUGGGGUUUUGAGUUUGUGAGAGGGCUAUAUUGUUAUGCUGAAGGCAAAGCAUAAGACAAGGCUUAAUUGUGGAGAUAGUAUUAGUUCUUGUGACUGUUGUGAAGACAACAGUCAAGACUGCACAAGAAGGGAGAAGCUUAUCAUCAGAUGUUAUCCAUUGAAAACCCACCACCAGAUCCUUCAUGUCCUUGUGAAAUCUCACAACUGAAAAGUGGUGGUGAUGAGAGGGCUUCUGAUAAGGUUGCCUUGCAAGAGGUAGAUCUGCUCAAGUCAGGCCUUGAUGACCAAAACCCACUUCCCAAAUUCUCCAUAAGAGAUUAUGUUGUUAGUUCCCGGAGCAAGGACAUCCAGACGAAUUGGCCAUUUUCUCAGAAAAGCCUGCAACUAUGUUUAAAACAUGGAGUCAAAGAUUUGCUGCCCCCAUUUCAGCCACUUGAUUCAGUAAGAAAUCGUUUUGUCGGGAGAUGCACGAUUGAAGCUGGUUUGCUUGAUAGGGAAAACAUAAGCAAUUCGAAUGGGGAGCCUUCUAGGCCGAGUGAUCACUUCGAAACAGACAAUUCCAAUAUUGCUGGAUGUAUUGAAAAGCUAGCAGUAGAUUGUGUAAAUAUAAAUUCAAGUGGAUUUGAGGGAGAUAAAGAAUUUCCAUCAACAACAACCAGUCAAUCUCGUUCUGACAUUGAUUCGGUUCCCACUGAUAGGACCCCUUGCUCGGCAUUGGAUACUGAUACUCUGUUGGAAGCUGCAGCAGCAAAUCCUGAGGCUGUAGACCCUCCGGCAUCCCUCAAGAACGAGAGCACAACCCAACCUUCCAUUAAGAGGUGCAAAUUGAUAGUGAAAUUGGGUAGUCUUGCUGAUCCUAGCUCAAACGAAGAAAUUACAUCGAAUUGUAUGACAUUCUCGGAAACAAUGGCUUCGAAAGUGUGCCCGGUUUGCAAGACUUUCUCAUCCUCUUCUAAUACCACCUUGAAUGCUCACAUUGAUCAGUGCCUUUCUGCGGAGUCAACUGUUGGUUGGACUGCAAAUUCUAAGGUGGUUAAGCAUAGAAUAAAGCCGAGGAAGACAAAAUUGAUGGUGGAUAUCUACGAAACAGCCCCACGGUGCACACUAGAAGAGCUUGAUAGAAGAAAUGGGACAUGCUGGGCCAUGAACUCAUGCUUGCCUACUCAAGAGACUGUGGUGUGUGCCGAAGAAAGGAAGGAAAGAGUUUCACCUGUUAAUUUUGAGGACACUGGUGAUGAUGGUGCAGUGUAUAUUGACGCCAAUGGCACAAAAGUUCGGAUUUUAUCGAAGUUCAGUGAACCUUCUUCUUCAAAAGUAGGAGCGGAUCUCAGACCUCGUAAACUUCUGAAAGGAGGUAAAAGAAGCAAAUUCCUCUCAACCAACAAGAAGAAUUGUCAUGCUCAGAAACACAAAAAAUACCUGAAACUUGCCCCCCAGAGCAAAUUUUUUUGCUCUCCCAGUCCUGGUCGCGGAUCUGAGGUAUAUCGUUGUCAAGAAAGAACUCAUGCAGUGGAAGAAUUUCACAAGAAAGAGGAACACUUGAUACAGUCUUUCAAAGUUCAAAAGCAGAUCAAAAUGAGUGAAGGGGGAACCAUAAGAAAAUGGGUACGCUCUAAGCGAACAGGUCUCUCCAAGAAAAGCAGCUUAAAGGAAGGUGUUAAACGUUCGAAGUAUAAUUUGACACAGGACUUGCUAGUUGAAAGUGAUCAAUCAUGUUUAGGUGAUUCAUAUGCGGAGGGUAGCUUCCUGAAAAAUCUAAAAUCAUCUGAGAAUCCACUUUCCUCUCAUGAAAGCAGCAAAAGAAUGGAGUGUUCAUCGAAUGGAGCUCAAGUUACUGAAUGUGAUGAGCAGCCUUCUCUGAGAAAGAGAGUUGGAAUUUUCUCAUCUGGGUCUCAGAUCAGCGGCAAUGUGGAGAGUUCUUCGGAAAUACCGAAGCGUAAUGCGAAACAGUUGAGAAAAGACAUGCCAGAUAGUUGCAAGGAUCUGCCUAAUUAUAGAGAAAAACGAGUAUCUUCUCCUAGCAAUCAGGCAGUUAAAAUCAGCACAGGCCCGGUCAAAAGCUUUAAUAGUUAUCAUGAUGCUUCCGCAAAACUGUCCCAGAGGCAUAAUGCAUUAUUGUCAAAAACCACGAGGAAGAAUGUGUUGUCACUUAGGCAAUCCACUGCACCAGAAUCCAACUGUAAUUUGAGUAGAAAGCGUUCUGAACUCAAAAAAUCUCGGGUGCCUUGGAUGGAAGAGUUAGAUGAAGACUUAGUAACAUGGCCAUCUGAAGUGGAUGAACAUCAUGACUCUAUGCAGAAUCAUGCUGAAAAUCAAUCCAGAGUAGAAGAGAUGACUGACAAAGUGUCUAUUGGCAGACGCCAUGUUCUGAAGAUCAGAAAGAAGAGAGGAGCAUUGAGUAUCUCUAAGAGUGAGGAAACCAUGGCAGCUUUGAAGAGUUCACGUUCAACACCUCAUUGUUAUGCUCAUGAUGCAGGGAAGCAUGUAGAUUUUUCUGUUAGAGUUCGUGGUGGUUUGACAGACACAUUCGAUGACAUAGAAUAUGCCGAAAAAGGUGAUCGAACUUGUUGGGAGGAGGGGAGUGUUGUGAAUAAGAGUAGAUCUUCAGAUCCAGAAUUCCACAAGCAGACUAAUCCUUCCUACACCCGAUCUGACUUGAUGCAUUGUCUUGAAGUAUUUAAGGGAUCUUUGUGUGGAGCUGAAGCACCAAUGUGUCCUACCGAGCAAAGUCUGGGUGAUGAACAAGAGAUGUUUUGUGCAGAUGCAGUUGGUAAUGGUGUGAUGGAGCAAAAUAUUCAUAUGGGGACAGAAUUUGAUUGUAAAGUUGGGCAAGGAAAUUACUUUCUUGACGUUGACCCAAUACCUAUUCCAGGACCGCCAGGGUCAUUUCUGCCAAGUCCUGGGCAUUUAGGUUCGGAAGAUCUACAAGGAAAUUCAACAUUAACUACCAGCCGAGUUCAUUCCUCCGAAGAUCGCCAUGAUAUGGUUGAUAGAGAUUUGUCAGAUUCUCCCAUUUCUGCAACAUCAGCCAUUUCUAACUCCUCUGUGGUGAGAUCUGAUCUGGAAGUUUCAGAAAACUUUUCUGGAGGACCUCAUGUCACUCAAGAAGAAAAUAGGUCAGGCUUCGCAGGUGCCAGCCAUGAUCCUGUAGUGGAAAAUAAUGCUACAGUUCAACCUGCUGCGAGUGCAGGAGCAGAAAGAAUGACUCUUGAUGAAUUGAAAAUCAAUGCGAUAUUCCCUGAUAAGGGACCUCUCGGUUUCAAAAAUGAUCAACCAUGUUGUUGCUCAAGGAAGGAGGGAACUUCUGAGGGUGUUGCUUUAAAUUAUCAAGAGUCACAACUUCUAAGGCGACGGAAUAUGGCUUCUGUGCCACUUCCUGCCAUGGGAAAGCAGAUGAGUUAUGAUCCGAACAUAAGACCUAGUUUCAACUCGAGGGCUGAAAUGUUUACUGUCACCAAUUUCCCAAGUUUAGAAUCUGAAAAGUUAAUUCUCUCUGACACAAGGUCACCUGAAGGUCCCAUCCAUGUGAAUGUUUCUGCUGAUUCUACACUCAAGUUCCCAAUCCGUGGUGGUUGUGAUUCUGCUAGUCCAUCUGCUUCAAAUCCCGUUCUCAGGCUGAUGGGGAAAAAUUUAAUGGUGGUAAACAAAGAUGAAGACUUGUGCCCGCAACUUAGACAAUCGCAGUCAGGUGAACUGAAUGACCAUCCAAAUCCACAAAUUCAGACACUUUCUGGGGUCUCUUCUGGCAAUGUUCAAAAUGGUGACUUCCGUUGCUUUGAUCAUAUGGUCCAUCAAAGUCCUCUUAUCUUUGGCCAGAAUCAAAAUAACAAAAUGGGGCAAGGUUUUGAUGUCAGGUUGUCGAACUGUUUCAGAAGCCAUGUUAAUGCCAAGGCAACACAAGCACUGCCUCAGGCUUCGGUGCCCAUGUUUACAAGCAAGAAUAUGGGUAGUUGUUUUACAGCUUCCUUGAAGCCGCAUGAGUACAAGGGUGGAUACAGUUUGCCGACUGAACAAAGUAGACCCAAAAACGGACCAGAUACAUUGACAAAUAGUACAGAAAAAGUUUUAACGACUCCUGAUCCCCUACACAGGAAUGCUAAUUCUACCACCAAUCCUGUUAAGGAGAUCAUAAUUAUUGACGACACUCCUGAAAGUGAACCUGGUUCCUCCUCCGACGCAACAAACACUGAAGGCAUGAAGGGAAAUCAGGUAACAUCAGCUGGCAUUUCAAUUCCAGCGGCUGUUGAUUAUAGUUCAAGGCAUGCGAAUCCUUUCUAUAGUUAUCAGCCACAGGAUUCUCCUCACUAUAGUGGAUCUCAAAUGUUGCGCAGCACUAGCUUUCAGCUGCCUCCUUCCAGGAGAGCGAAUGCAAGUCCUGUUCGGUGGAAUUGUACUUCAGAAGGUUCAAGCGUACUGCAUCCCGGUUCUUUAACAGCUUCUCCAUCCUCAACAGGCCAUCUAAGAUCUGUGUUGUAUCAUUCUCCAAGCUUUUCAUAACCACCAAGCUUUGCUUGAGGUAGACAUUUUCACUUGGCACGUGCAGCACUGAGUUUCACAUCAAAAUUCUGCUGAAAUCGGGAAUUGUCCAGAAAGAUUGACGUUUGAAACUGAUGAUCUCAAAGCCAUGAGGUAUGGCAGCUUGAUCGAGAGACCCUGCGGAAGUUUAGAAGAGUACUUAAUUUAAGUAAGUUGUUUUUGAUGAAGUUUUUUUUUUCUUUUUUCUUUUUCUUCAAAUGUAGAUUUAAGCAGUUUCUGAGGCCUCUGUGGGCAUUGUUAAAGCUUCCUGAUAGUAAUGUAUAAAACAAUCUAUGACUAAUAAAUCACCUUGAAGAACCUUUCCUUUUAAUAUAUGAAUUGUAGUGUUCAUCUUGA